UCCGCUUAGCCGAGUCACUGAACCCUAAGACAGGUCGCGGCUGCCGUCUGUCACCGGAGUUUUUCUUUCAGGGUGGAAUGACGACCAGAUUCAAGAAGAACCGCAAGAAGCGGGGCCACGUGAGUGCCGGACACGGUCGUAUCGGGAAACACAGGAAGCAUCCCGGAGGUAGGGGUAAUGCCGGAGGAAUGCAUCACCAUCGUAUCCUCUUCGACAAGUACCAUCCAGGUUACUUCGGUAAAGUCGGUAUGAGGUACUUCCAUAGGCUCCGAAACAAGUUCCAUUGCCCCAUCGUGAACGUCGACAAACUGUGGUCAAUGGUCCCUCAGGACGUGAAAGAAAAGGCUUCAGCCGAUAAGGUUCCUGUUGUCGAUGUUACCCAACAUGGAUACUUCAAGGUUUUGGGAAAGGGGAUGGUGCCUCCCUCGCACCCCAUGGUAGUUAAGGCUAAACUUAUCUCAAAGACAGCAGAGAAGAAGAUUAAGGAAGCUGGUGGUUCUGUUUUGCUCACUGCUUAGGUCUGUUUUCAGUUGUUGAAUCCUUUCUCUCUCUCUUUUUUAUAAUUACUUGCUUUUUAGGCUGUGAGUUGUCGUGCUAAACAUGAGUUUUGUUUCAUCAUGAGCUUAUUUCGAUAUACAGUAGUCCAUUUUUAUAAAGUUAUCACCUUGUUGAACUUUGAAUGG